AUGAGCUUCAAGCCUACAAAGUCGAGUUCCAUGAUGCUGAAGAAGGGCAAGGUCGUGGAAAGAUUAGGCUUCAACAUUGCAGGAAAGCCAAUCCCAACCAUCUCGGAAAAGCCAGUGAAAGGCUUUGGCAAGAUGUUCAACAGCAGCCUGAACAACUCAACAUCAGUUCAAAAGUCUUGUCAAGAGCUUGAGAGCUGGCUGAGCGCGGUAGAUCGGUCUGGACUGCCUGGCAGGUUUAAGAGUCUGAGCAGCAUCGCCCUCUACGAGAACAAGAACAACAAGACAAGUGUGAGACCAGACAUCACCCUGGUCUCAGAGUCCACAAAGACCAUUAUCAUUCUGGAACUGACAGUCCCUUGGGAAGACCGUCUAGAGGAGGCGUACAAGAAGAGGAGGGCCAAGUACAAGGGACUGGUCAUAGACCGCUGGAAGCAGGGUUGGAAGGCACAUGCCUAUCAAAGUAGGCUGCAGGGGUUUUGCUGGGCAAUCCCUUCACAGAGCCUACAGCACACUCAGCAUCACUGGAGAGCCAUCACCAGCACCAACGAGGCAGCAUCACUGGAGAGCCAUCACCAGCACCAACGAGGCAGGAUCACUGGAGAGCCAUCACCAGCACCAACGAGGGUAUACAAAAAAACCUCUGGGAAUGGCGCACUUACCCUUUACCUGGGAAAGAGAGACUACGUCGACCAUGUUCAGAAUGUGGACUCCAUCGAGGGAGUGGUGAAAAUUGAUCCUGCAGACCUUGGAGGCAAGAAAGUGUUUGUGCAGCUGGCCUGUGCUUUCCGUUAUGGCCGUGAGGACCUGGAUGUCAUUGGACUGUCCUUCAGGAAAGACAUCUGGUUCAAGCACCUCCAGUUGUACCCUGCUGCUGACCACAAACCCACCCUCACUCCCAUGCAUGACUGCCUGCUCAAGAAGGCAGGAGAGCAGGGCCAUGCCUUCACUUUCGACAUUCCCAUAAACCUUCCCUGCUCUGUCACACUCCAGCCAGGACCAGAUGAUGCUGGAAAGGCUUGCGGUGUGGACUUUGAAGUGAAGACCUACAUUUCAGAUGUGGCAGACCCAGAAGAGAAACUUGACAAGAAAGACACUGCCCGUCUGAUCGUCCGUAAGAUCCAGUUUGCCCCAGAUGCAACUGGUGCUCCUGGUCCCAAGGCUGACAUCUGCAAGAGCUUCAUGAUGUCUGACAAGCCUGUCCACCUGGAGGCCUCUCUGGAUAAGGAGAUCUAUUACCAUGGAGAUCCGAUCAAUGUCAACGUCAAAGUCAAGAAUGAAACCACCAAAACAGUGACAAAAAUUAAAGUCACCGUUGACCAGACUACAGAUGUGGUGCUCUACUCUGCGGACAAAUACACCAAAACCGUACUUUGUCAAGAGUUUGGAGAGACAAUAGAUGCCAAUAGCACAUUUGAUAAAUCCCUCACCAUCACCCCCCUACUGGCCGACAACAAGGAGAAGCGCGGUCUGGCGCUGGACGGCAGACUGAAGGAUGAGGACACAAACCUAGCCUCCAACACUAUUAUGAGGGACGGUAUGGAUAAAGAAGUGUUGGGAAUCUUGGUCUCCUACAAAAUCAAGGUCAACUUGAUGGUGUCUUCAGGAGGCUUGUUGGGAGGUCUCACAGCCAGUGACGUACAGGUGGAGCUCCCCUUGAUCCUCAUGAACCCCAAACCCCAAGAGGUCUCCCGGUGGGAGAGUGAAGGUCAGAGCAUGCUGAAAGACAGAGGGGACCCCAGCCCGCGGCUGAAGAUGGGCAGGAUGGAGGGCAGGGUGGAGGGUGGGGUGGAGGGCAGGGUGGGGGGAAGGGUGGAGGGAAGGGUGGGGGGCAGGCAGAAGAUUGUGUGGAGGAGAAGAGAGAGGACAGUAAGAGCCGCUGUGCCCGCUGCCCGCUGA